GCUAAAAUCUGUGCUAGACUGCGAGAUGUACAACCCUAAUGUCGUAACGGUCAUCGAGAUUUAAAAGUGCUGCGGCUUUGUUUCGGUCGCAAAAUGUGGCAAUUUUUCGUAUUUAUUUAAAAAAAACGAGAAUGUCGGAAAAAUUAAAGGAUUAUCAAGUUCUCGAUGUUCUCCGCGGCGGAGCGUUCUACAAAGUUAAGCACAAGGUCACCAACAACAUAUUCGCUUGGAAGGCUCACGAUUGUACUGCGUACUCCGACGAACAAAUACAAAAUAUCGUAAACGAAGUAAAAACGAUAAGUAAAGUGUUAUCUGGCAACUUGCUGCGUUACUACGACACAAUACUUCACAACGCAUCGAAAACUCUGUACUUCGUACUCGAGUACAGCUGCUGGCGCAGCGUGCAGGACCUUGUCGACAUCUGCGCCGCCGCCGAUAAGUACAUUGCGGAAAAUUUCAUUUGGCACUUGUUGCUGGACCUCGCGAGGGCUUGUAAGCUGGUAGAAACCUUUAAUUUCACCGUUAUAAGAAAAUGCAUAACACUGAGCUCUAUUUAUAUCGACGACGGCGGAGAAGUGCACCUCGACUGUUUCCAGCUGGAGCCGACGGUCGGUGGGCCUGCAGACCUUAUGCGCCAGGUCGGAGAUGUGAUCCACACACUCUGCUACCCAAGGCAAACUUGUGAUGGGAAAAUAACCGUGUUUCCGUACAGUGAUGACCUCCAAGAUAUUGUAUCCUUUGUUUCCGAAGAAAGGAAUGCUGGCUUACGCCCCGAAGUAGUUAUUUAUCAUCCGACAAUAUUAUCAAAUGUGGAAGGCACUUCAAAGCCAAAACAUUUGUCCGAAAUAAUUUUGUCAAAUAAAGACCUCAUCCAAAAAUCUGAUUUGAACAAAUGUGACUCAGAAAAAGCUGUAGAAUUGUGUAAGAAUAUUAAACCCUUGCCAAAGUCAAGGUUUAUGAGAGAGGAGAGUCCAAUUUACUCGAAUAUUAGUCCAAAACAAACAAAAGUAAACAAAGAUAUUGACAAUGUCAAGUUGAUAAGAGCUCCUUUAUCCCCCACUCUGGCAGCCUUGGUCUUGGAGCUACCCGGCUAUGUGCCACGCUGCAGAAAACCAUACAGUGAACUUAGAGACACCUUUACCUCUGCUCAGAAAGUAUCGGAAGAAACCCUAAGUCACCAGUGGAUGUCCCGGCUUAUAGCUCUGAAAGAAAAGGAAGAGUUACUAAAUAGAAGGGAGAGAGAUCUCAUAGUUAAGGAAGUUAUGACAAGCCCCAUAAAUAAGUUUGGCUGCAACGAUGAUUCAGAUGUUGGUGAAAGAGGAAGCAAUGGCAUCACCCUGCCGGCCGUCAUCGCCAGCGCCGAGAAAAGCCGCUGGAAGUCGCGUCGGCGUCAGCGCCGCUCAGGCUCCAUGCGUUCGCGUCCUCGCCGGCAGAGUUGUAGCUACGAGGACCUGGACAGCUCCCUGUCGGCAGACACGGGAGAUGGUAGCAUCAUUGUGACAGCUACAAAGUUUACCUUGGACAAUAUGCCUCGUCGCAACAUAUUCCCCGACUUAGAAUCCAAAAGAGUGCAUUUCACACCUUCAAACCCAUUUGUUGGAAGUGAUGAAAGUGUCACACUAACAUUUUAUGACUUGGAUAAUUUAGAAACUGAAGUAAAUCAAAGCACACAAAAUGCAUCAAUGAAAGACAUAACAAAGUUCAAGUAUUUAGAUGUUGCAAGUGUGAGAGAGAAGAGAGCCGCCAAACAAUGGAGUCAUUCCUCCCCAUCCAAGCAGGCUAAAGUGUACAGUGAUGUUUCAAGUCGGAGCAGCUUAAGAAAAACACCGUCAAAGAUUAGCCUCACGUCUCACAGCUCAGUGACUUCGGGGGGUUCCAUAGUGAGUGCAAACAGUCGCUGGAGCGCCGCGCCCCGUUGUACCGAGGUGAGCGCGGGUCGCGUCGCCGACGGAACGCGCUCUAGCUUCAAACAUUACCCGCAAACACCUACUGCACCCACAGACUUAAAGAAAAGUAAGAUCAGGAAAUCAUUGCUAAACUUUAAAACUCCUUUCAAAUUUAAAUCAUCCACCAAGGUUUAACAAUAAGUGGCUUUUGAAAACAUUAAUGUUGUGAU